AUGACCGCUCAAAUUCAAAUAUUGGCCAUUAGCCUCAUUUUUUGGGUCUACCAAACUAGAGCCCAAGAUAACACGCUGCUGUCUAACUUCUCCACCUACUCCUCGAAAGAAACCCGCGGAAAACCGGAUCCAGAUUAUGGGCGGGAGACGGAUGAGCAGAGACUACUCUACCAUAUCCUGAGAAACUAUGAAAAAGCCGUCCGCCCAGUCCGGAACGCGUCUACACCCGUGGUGGUUAAGCUGGGCAUGACGAUGACGAAUAUUUUUGAUAUGGACGAGCGCAAUCAGGUUCUCACUAUUAAUGUGUGGUUGGAUCAGGAAUGGGAAGACGAGUUGCUUCGUUGGAAUCCCGAAGAUUUUGGCGACAUCAAAACGAUUCGGUUGCCCUGUGAUUUGAUCUGGCUGCCGGAUAUUGUGCUCUAUAAUAAUGCCGACGACUACACAGCAGGCUUUAUGCGCUCGAGGGCUAUGGUCGUGCAUACGGGCGAGGUUUUCUGGCCUCCGCCUACACAAUUGAGAUCGACAUGUAAAAUUGAUGUGACCUACUUCCCGUUCGACUCGCAGCAUUGUAGCCUGAAGUUUGGAUCGUGGACUUAUCAUGGUCUCCAAGUCGAUAUUACCAAUCGCAGUGCCAACAUCGAUUUGACGAAUUAUGUAACUUCCGGAGAAUUUGAUUUAGUUGCGGUAUAUCAGAAACGGCGUGUCGUUCUUUACACUUGCUGCCCGGAGCCGUACCCAGACAUCACUUUUUACAUCCAUAUUCGGAGGAAGACCCUUUAUUACAUGUACAAUAUCGUGUUCCCGUGCUUGAUGAUGUCUAUACUUACUUUAUUGGUGUUCUGGCUGCCCCCGGAUUCUGGAGAGAAAAUCGCGCUCGGAAUUACUGUAUUGCUGGCGUUUUCCGUGUUCGUGCUAGCCAUAGCGGAAAAGAUGCCGGAAACCUCCGAUUCGAUGCCGCUAAUCGGCGUCUAUCUUACCGUAGUCAUGGGCAUGACGUCUGUGUCGGUCGUCAUGACCGUACUUGUCCUGAAUUUCCACCAUCGGGGCCCGUUCCACGACCCGGUGCCGGAAUGGGCGCGGAUAUGGAUUUUGGACCGGUUGAGAAGGUUUUUGAGGAUGAAGCUGCCGCAUACAGGCUACGGUGAUGCUACCAAAGCUGCUUCCGCCACAGGAGCUCCAGGCAUGAUGCGAAGGCUUAGCGUUCGGAUGGCGAUGAACGGGGUGAAGGGAGAGGUCGAAUCUGACAACAUCAACGAAACAAACUACGUCCUCCACCGCUACCUGAGCACCGAGAUCCCGAACGGGAAGCCGAGCGUCGGCAAGCAGUCCAAUGGGGACGUCCUCAAGGAGGAGAAUCCGGUGCGUUGUAAUGGCAGCUUUUCGCGGCCAGCCAGCCGCUGCAGUGAAGACAUCAACGAGAAGCUGUUGAAAGCGCUGCAGGUACUAAUCAAGCGGCAACAGCUCGAAGAUGACGGUCAAGUGCUCGCAAAUGAAUGGCGUCAGAUUGCGCAGGUUAUCGAUCGUCUCCUUUUCUGGAUAUUCCUCGUGGCUACUACUGGCAUCACCACGACGCUGCUGAUCAUCAUCCCCUCGAUCAACUACGCCAGCGAGACGGCCGACUUUGACGAGAAGCUCUACGGAUUGCAU